AUGUCAUCAAGUGAAUAUACAGUAAAAACAAAUUCAUCUGAUAAACAAAUAACGACAACACCAGCAGAACCUUCUCCAACAAUACAUGAUUUAUCAUUUUGGGAAUUAAUUCUUAAAUUAGAUCAAUCAUUUAGUAAUCGUUCAUCUCGUUCAUCAACAAAUCCAUUACAAAAUAUAUCAUCGAUUAUUAUUACAAAUACAAAUGAAAUUGAUUUUGAAUCAUCACCAUUAGCAAAAGUAUUGCUUAUGCUUGAUCAUCCAAUAUUAAAUAAAAAUAAUCAAUUAAUGGAUAAAUUAUUUAAAUUACUUUCGAUUAUAUCACAAAGUUUUCAAAUAUAUAUUAUAAAGAAAAAGGAAGUUUCACCUUUACCUUUAAUAGCAUCAACAUCAAUGACAAUAGAACCACAAAGUCAAACUACAACAACAGCUAUGAGUUCAAUGCAACAACAAACUAAUAAUCAAGCAUUAGGAAAAAAUAAUAAUAAUAAAUUAGUUGUAUCAGAUGAUCAAGUUGUUUUAGGUUCGCAAUUAGAUUUAGUUAUUAAAGCUUUAAUGUCAAAAUCAUGUACAGAAGAUGGAAUAGAAUUUGCAACUAUACUUUUAUUGAAUAUAUCAAAAAUUAAUCAAACUACAAGAGAUAAAGUUUUACAUUUAUUACUUAAUGGUAUUCGUUUAUUAGGCAAAGAUGUUAGUGAAGAAAUCAAUCCAGUAUCAACAACAAAACCUGAGGACCGAGGUGCACCUGAUGAACCUCUUACUCUACCUUCAGCAACAAACACAACAACACUAGCUGAUUCAUCAAUGUCAACACUUAUUGUACGUACUCCAACAUCACAAACNUCAUCUUUAUCCCGUAGACUAAUAUGUAGUUCAACAAUUCUAAUCAGUCGAAGAUAA